CGCGCUUUUCCACUUGUACGCUAUAUCACUUCUAAUUGGCGUCAUUGUGCAUUCUUAUGAGGAUUAGGGAUAAAAUCACCGUUUUUUAAUUGUAAUUUCACACUAAAGGAUCUGUUUUACUAUACUUCUUCUUGCAAGGUCUCAAUAUUUAAUUCUAUCAAGCAUUUUUUUGAAAGCAUUUCCAGACAAUGAAUAUUCAUCGUGCUGUAAGAAAUUACAUUAACAAAAUGGUUUCAAUGGCCGACGGUGGAGGCAUGAAAGUUUUAAUGCUUGAUCAAGAAACCUUAAAAAUUGUCAGUGUAGUUUGUUCUAUGUCAGAAAUUAUGAAAUAUGAUGUCUAUCUAAUUGAACAUAUUGACUCACCACGUGAACCUCUUGAACACUUACGUUGUAUUUGUUUUAUACGACCAACAAAAGAGAAUAUUAGCCUAUUGUCACAAGAGUUAAGAAAACCGAAUUACUUUUCUUAUUAUAUAUUCUUUAGUCAUUCAAUAACUAAACAACUGCUUAAACAAUUAGCAGAAGCCGACGAAAAUGAGGCGGUUGUUGAAGUUCAAGAGUAUUUUGCUGAUUUCAUCCCCUUAUCUCCAUUUCUUUUUGAACUUGAUAUACCCAUCAGCUUGGAUGAAAGUAGAGAUAUGAAUAGUCGAGUGUUGAAUCGAACCACUGAUGGUAUCACAUCAGUAUUGUUAGCUUUAAAAAAGUGUCCUGUAAUCCGCUAUCAAAAUAAUUCAGAAGCAGCCCGUCAGUUGGCUGAAUCAAUUCGUUCGUUAAUAUCUAGAGAGACGGUGUUGUUUGAUUUUCGACAAACAGAACCAGCUCCUGUACUGUUGAUUUUAGACAGAAGACAAGACACUGUCACACCAUUGUUGUCACAAUGGACUUAUGAAGCUAUGGUGCAUGAAUUAAUCGGUAUCACACAGAAUCGUGUCAGUUUGGCUCGAGCACCGAACGUGAAAUCCGACCUGAAAGAAAUUACUUUAGAUCGUGAAUUCGAUGAGUUCUACCGUACAAAUCAAUUUUCAAAUUUUGGUGAUAUUGGACAAUCGAUUAAAAAACUUGUCGAUAACUUUCAAAAAGCCUCAAAAUCUGUUGAUGCUAAAAACUUGGAGUCAAUUGGAGACUUGAAAAAGUUUCUAGAAAAUUAUCCAGCCUUUCGAAAAGUCUCUGGCACCGUUGAUACACAUGUGACAUUGAUGUCAGAGUUAUCUAGAAUUGUAAAAGAGCAUGCCCUGCUAGAAGUAAGCGAAGUUGAACAAGAACUUGUAUGCCGGGAUAAUCAUGCUUCAGUUUUAUCACGUAUUAAAAGUUUAGUCAGUGAUCCACGGAUUCUACUUUCUGAUGCUUUAAGACUUGUCCUACUGUAUGCUUUACGCUAUGGCAAGCAAAAACAAGAGUUGGCUGGAUUAAUUCGCGCUUUAGUGACACGUGGUGCUACCGAUGAAGAUAUUAGAACUAUUGAAAAGUUACUGGAGUAUUCAUGGCCAGUAUCCAAUUCUGAUGGAUUCGAUUUAUUUAAUGUUGUUAAAAGUGCAACAACCAGUGGAACAUCAGCUAUUGUCGAUGCUCAAAGUGCAACAAAAGCAAUGGCUUCGUUAAAAAAACGCUUAGUACAAGAAUUAAAAGGUGUCGACAAUGUAUACACUCAACAUGAACCUUUAUUAGUAGAUAUUUUAAAUAAGCUGACUAAAGGUCAACUACGUGAUGCUUCAUUUCCUAGUUUAGCUACCGGUACUUGUUGGAAGACUGUACCUAGUGGCCAGCGUCCAAAAGAAAUUAUUGUCUUUUUCAUUGGUGGUGUCACCUACGAAGAAGUCUGUAGUGUGCAUAAAAUUAAUUCUUCAACACCAGAUGUCGAUAUUAUCAUAGGAGGGACAUGUGUUCAUAAUUCGAGAACAUUUUUACAAGAAGUAUCUGCAAUUACAAAAAGUGUUGGUAUUGCAAAUACUAAUUCAUCGAAACUCAUGCCUAAUUCUGUGGAACCUACUCGUCGAGUAUAUGGGAAUUCGAGAAGUAAUAUUCGCUAUGGAUUAUUACAAUGAGACAGGUCUUAUCAGGAAUAAAGGAAAUUUCGUCUGUGAUCAUUCCAUUAUUAUUAUUACUAUUUCUGCAAAAUGUUUUCCGUUUUAUUUGUUGUAUGGGUUAUCUUCACUAGUUUAAGUAACUUUCUACUAAUUUGCUGCUGAGCAUUUAUCGGUAUUUCUAUCAAAUUCGAAAAAAAAGAAAAUCCUUCUUUGAUUGCUACUUUAUUUAAAUAUUAUAAAGUGUAAUAAAUGUUGUGAAUAGUGGAAAAAAAACUGGCUAGUGACAUGGUCCGAAUUCAUUUAUGCCGUACGCUUCGGUGUAGCGCUAGUAUUUAAAUCUAUGUUGUCAUGGUGAUGCUUAGCUGUGAUCCUCAGCGGUAUGUUUUUUUGUUUACUAUAUUUUGCUUGGGUAAAAAAUUAAUGAUGAAAAGAGUCGUCCAUCGUCUUGUAUCAUUCCGUAUGAGUAGUUUCUCAGUCAAGAAGUUCAAUUUAUGUAUUCAAUCUUUUAUCAUCAAUUUGUUUGAAUGCAUUUUCUCAUUUUGUACACUAGUUUUAACAUGUUGUCUACAAUGUACGUAUAUAUAUAUGCUUUAUAAAGUAUAUACCUUUACGAUAAUUGAAAAAAGAGCAAAAAUGAAAUUGAACAUGUUAUUUUGAGAAGUGGAAGAG